UUUUCACAACAAAUGAUCUUGUAGGUUAAACAGAAUGAAAAUUAUGUUUGAUUGGAAUUUGAUAUUUUUGUUAUGGUAACGUUAAUUACGAAUUGUAUGAAAUAAAAUUUACCGGUAACAUUUUACUCUUAAUUUCUUUAUAGAUAAUUAGUUUUUAACAUACGCCAUGAAUGAUACUAUAUCAGAUCAAGAGCUGCGCCAACGUUUAGCAUCAUUUAAUGCUGUAGUUCCACCAGUUACUGCUUCAACUAGAAAACUUUUGCUAAAAAAACUUGCAGAUCUUGAAGGUAAUAGAUCGAAAGACAAUGCAGAAACAAGUAAAAUGCCUCCUCCUAAGCAAAAACCCAAAACAACUAAUGGAACAAAUGAAUCCAUUAUGAUAUCUUCUUCCGGUAAUAGACCUUCUCAAUACACAACAUUUGAUAACACUGAUAGUCCUAAAAAAAGUCCACGACGACGUCGUCAGUAUCGUGCUGCUGAUCCUUUUGACACUGGAUCUGACUCUGAUAUUGAUAAUGCUUCCCUUGGCAGAUCUGUACUAGCUACUAGUCCUAAUUUACCUAGUUCAUCGCCUAAAACACAUGAAACUUCAUUAAUGAAUGUUUCUAAUUGGAAUGCUGUGAGUGGAGAUGAAGAUCAAAGUAUAUUCUCUUCUCCUGAUACCAAAAAAAUUCCAAGUAAAACUAGUAAUUUACAAAAUAAUAAAAAAAUCCUUGGAAUUUUUGAUACUGGCGUAAAUAUAAGUCCAAGAGAACCUGUUAUAAGAAGACCUCGUUCAGGACCUGUGACUGAAACUCCUCAUGCAGAUCAAGCUAUUCAACGAUGGAAAGAAAAAAUGAUGAAUCAGUCUUAUAAUAAAACUGACAUAUCAAAUACUUCACAAUUCGACAUGCCAUCUCCAAUUUCGCCAAUUUACACUCAAAAUUCAAGGAGAUAUAUUCAACCAAUUCAACAGAGACCUCAUAGUAAUAGCUAUACAAGAAAUACACAAUAUAUUAUCUUUAUAGUAAUAUCAUUCUUUGUGAUCAUUUUUGGUUUAUAUUUUACUUCAAUACAAUCAAAUUCAAUUGUAUUGCCAUCUGGUAUAUUAAAUUCAUUAUGUGCUAAGAAAAAUCUUCAAGGAUAUGAUUGUAAUGCAGAACAAGAGAAAAUUAAAACUUUGUACAAUAAUUUGAUAUCACAAGUUACUAAUAGAUAUAUAAAAAACAAAUGUGAAAAUCCAGAUAUUGAUCCUACUUUAGAUACACAAACUGUCUAUGAACAUAUUGCUACUCAUGAAACCAUACCUGCACGUGAAAUAGAAGAAUUAUUAGAACUUUUCAAGAGUAUAGCAAAAACUAAUAAUGACUCUCCAAUUGGUUUUGAUACAAAAUUUAAAAUGAAUGAUACACCCAAUGUUCCAUUUUUUUGUGCAGUCAAAAACAUAUUUGCAAAUAUGUUUUAUUUUAUUGUCUGGUUGGGAAUAGUUGGCCUUUCUGUUCUUGGGGUCUAUUUUGGAAUAUGCUACUUUACUACAAAAAGUGAAAAACACAAAAAAGAAGUUAAUACAUUAGUUGAAAAAAUUAUUAAUUUGCUGAAAGCACAAGCUCAAAAUCAUCCUAAUGAACCUUACUUAGCAAUUAUUCACAUUCGAGAUCAAUUAAUCCCACCAAUUGAAAGACAAGAGAAAUCAAAAAUUUGGGCAGAAGUUGAACAAUAUUUUACUGAAUCUGAGUCUAGAAUAAGGUCUGAAAUUCAGCAAAUUAAUGGAGAAGAUUUUCAAAUAUGGAGAUGGAUACAACCUGUAUCUCCAGGCACAGCAAAACAAAUUUGGCAAGGCCAAGCAUUUGAAACCAAUGAGGGUAGUAUGAAUUCUCCACAGCCAAGUCCUACAUCCUGUUUAAAGAUACGUCAUAUGUUUGGACCUGAUUCUAUGACUAAUAUUGAUUGUGAAACCCGUGUUAAAGAUGCUAUUUUAGAAAAAUGUGAAGGUGUAGAAUUAUUACAUCUCUCUGUAGAUUGCAGUAGUCAAGAGGGAUGUGUUUAUGUUAAAUGUUCUUCGCCAACAGAAGCUGGAAAAGCUUAUAGACAGCUACAUGGUUUCUGGUAUGAUGGUAAACUAGUAACUGUUAAAUUUUUGCGAUUGGAACGUUAUCAUCAAAGAUUUCCUGAUGCUAUCAAUAAAACUGUUCCUUUAAGGCCAUCAAAUAACGAAAGGCGUUCAUUGCAAUAGAGUACUAGUGGAAAUUACUGUUUAAUGUCACUAACAUGGUUGUUCAAAUUUUUAAAUAUACCAUUUAAAAUUACAAAAAUUCUGCUAGUACUUCAAUUUAUUUAUUAUUAUUUCUACAAAUAACACUCUUAUGACUUGCUAUUAUGUAAUGUUGUUUAUAACUCUUUUUUAUUAUUAUAAUUUCUAUUUUAAUCUUAUUACUUCAACUCUUAAUUAUUUUAAGUUAUUGGAAAAACUUGUAAUUAUUAUUUUGUAUUUAGGUUAAUAUUUAUCAGUAACAAUGGUUAAUAACUAUGUUUUACUCCUAAUUUAAUUAGCUACAUUUUUUAUAUGUAAAUGUUUAGUUAUUUAAAUAAAUUAAUGGUUAUUGAUACAA